GUGACUGUAUCCUUGUAGGCGUUCCCACCAGCCAGAGGUAUAAUGCCUUACAAUGUCACUGCUGUUUUUUCUUCACUCUCUCCCUGAUGCCCUCACCAGAUCGAAGUAAUCUAUGAGUCCAGGAUGUCCUGCCUGUGGAUAUGUUUGAGUUUGCUCUGCUCUGCUUUCCUGCAAAGUAGUGCCUCAUCACAUGAAGCUGUGUUACUGAGGUGCAAUGAAACAGUGGAAGUUGAAGCUGGAGAGAACGUGACACUAAACUGCACUGUACGUUACCAGAACAUGAGCCCUUCAGAUAGUGAUGGAUGUUAUGUAGUAGAAGUUACCUGGAAAAACACAAGUGGCAACAUACCAUGUGACAGUGGCUCAAGAAAAUACAUUUGUGAAUGGGAUCAGAACCAUGUGUCAUUGACCAUCUCAGAUGUGCCGACAGAGGAAAAUUACACUGUUGAUGUUCGGACAGACUGUGGUAUGGCUGAACCAUCUCAUAUCAAAGUACAAGUUAAACACAACACCAGCAACAAAACUAAUAAAGUAACACGGGCCCCUGAGCAGAACAUCACCGCUGUGCUCAUCAUAUGCAUCAUUUGUAUCACCAUCAUUGUUGUCUGCAUUUUUUACGUCCUGUUUGGAACUAACCAUGGCAGAAAAAUCAGGGAACUUAUCAUGAGGGACAAGACUCAAGGAGACCACAGAGACUCUAAAGAGGAUGCUGAAGCCCCCCUCACAACAGAUCCUCAAGUCUAAGCAUAUUUCCUUUUUCUUUUUGAUUGAGCCAUGUGAAUAUGAUGAUUUGUGUUUGUACAGAUUGAUCAAUGUACAAAUGAUGAUUUAAUUUAACUGAAGAGACACUGUAGCAUGAAAUUCAGUCUCCUCAUAAUGAAGUGUGUGACUUUUAACAACCAUUUGUAAAAAGUUUGAUAUACUGUCUUCUGUGGGGACUGGGUAGGUGUGUGUGAGAGAGAGUGUAGAGAGUGGCAUUAUUUUUAAUGUUAAUAAUGUUUUAUUCUUGUCAUCACUUUGUUUCCAUUCUGGAAACUAGUGGAUUUUUUUAUUUUUACAUUAAAAAUAAAGCAUUUGUGUGGAUUUAA